AUGUCCGCGUCACCCACCAUCGCGGCUUCCUCGGCCAAGCGACCGCUCGAGGAACCCUCAUCGCCUGCCGGACCCAAUGACCAACCCGAUGCCAAGCGUCCUGCUCUCGACAAGAUGGUCAAGGAGGAUGCGCCCAACCCAGACAACAUCGAUAUCGCGCAACCAGUCCAGGCCGACGACAUCGCCACGGAAGGCAUCACACAAGAGGACGUAAAGGUGGUACCCGAAGCGGCUGAAGCUGCUGUCGAGAACGGUGCCCAGCCGAUCCAUACCGACACUGUUGUCCCAGACGCACCCUCUAUCCUUGAGACUCAGCCUAUCCAAUCCACAUCAGGUGCCAAUGGUCGGCCUGUAAAUCACAACCAGCAGGUGGACGAGACCAACUGGCUGCAUGUGCGCGCUUGCAUUGGCACCAGCGAGGCCGCUACCAUCAUUGGCAAGGGCGGAGAAAAUGUGACUCAGAUUCGUCGCUUGUCCGGCGCCAAGUGCACCGUUAGCGACUACUCUCGGGGCGCUGUUGAACGCAUCCUUACUGUAAGCGGCCAAGUUGAUGCUGUGUCCAAGGCAUUCGGCCUCAUUGUGCGCACCCUCAACCAGGAGGACCUCGAGACACCUUCUACAUCCACCUCCAAGGCCUACCCUAUGCGUCUUCUGAUUCCUCACAUCCUUAUCGGUUCCAUCAUCGGAAAGGCUGGCGUCCGCAUCCGCGAGAUCCAAGAGGCUUCUAACGCUAAGUUGAACGCAUCUGACACUCUCCUUCCCAACUCUGGCGAACGUUCGUUGAUCGUACUGGGUGUUGCUGACGCUGUGCACAUUGCUGUGUACUAUGUUGCUCAGACCUUGGUCGAGCAGCUGACCGAGCGAUUCGGUGGACCGGCUGCAUCCCAAUAUGCAACCCGUAGUGGUAUGGCUGCCAACGUCGUCCCAGGCGGCAUGUCUGUUCAACCAUACGUUCCCCAGCCCGCUGGAGGUCAGUACUCUCACCCACAGAACUUCCGUCGCCAAGAACCACCCCAGCGAACUCCUGCUCACGGAGGCUAUGGUGCUCCGCACAUGCAGCAUGGACAGCCUCCACAGCAGUCGCCGUACGGUCAUCCCAACAUGCCUUACGGCGCUGGCUCGCCUAGCCGUGGUCCUUACGGUGGUCCUGCAGCGCCCACUCCUUACGGCGGUCACCCUGCUGCAGCGCCUGUUGCGCAUGGCGGCGCCGCUCCACACGCAGCUGUUGGUGGCAUGCCUGGCCAACCUCUUACCCAGCAGAUUUUCAUUCCCAACGACAUGGUCGGUGCCAUCAUUGGCAAGGGCGGUGCGAAGAUCAAUGAAAUCCGCCAGCUCAGUGGCAGUGUCAUCAAGAUCAACGAGCCCACCGACAACAGCAACGAGCGUCUUGUUACCAUCACGGGUACACAAGAAUGCAACCAAAUGGCACUAUACAUGCUGUACUCGCGACUCGAAUCGGAGAAGCACCGUAUCUAG